AUUAAAAAAAAAAAAGUAUGGAAACACCUGAGAAUGUUUAAGCUAAGAGAGAUCUUGUUCUGCUAAGCACAUAUCAUCAGCAAACCUCAGUUACUCGCAAUGGAGUGAAACAAUGGGCUGGCAGGUCCUUACUGUGGGUCACAUUGCUUGGUAUGUCAAAGUCUGUAGGUAUAUAAUUUAUGAACAUCUGUUGUUAGUGCACACUUGGUAGUUCCCUGUGCACCUAAUAUGGUGAUAAUGUAGAUUAUAAUAGAAAAAUAACAUUCUUCUUAGUACACUUUCAACUUCAACCCAUGCUUGAUAUUUUUUUGGGGACUUGUGAUGAAAUUGAAGGAUGAAUAUAAAAGGGCAGAGAUCCCUGGGUGAUCCAACGGAGUGAUAUGUUGUUAGCUACUGAUUUACGUUCAUUGGAAAAACUGGGCAGUUCUGAUGUCAUGAUGGUUUCCUAAGAUGGAUCCAGGGUUUUUCUGCCAGCUGAAGGAAAUGAAGUGUGUAAUUAUUAGUGAAAAUGAGUUUUGGAAAGUUGCAUCAAAUGGUAUUCUGUUGAGAUCAAGGUGUGUUUUCGUAACAUGAAAUAUUUGAGAGAUCUUUUAACUCAGAAACACAAAAAUAGCCAUAAACACACCUUGCUUCUGGUCUGUGAGCCACUUAUAUUUUAAACUAUAAGGAAUGACUUUUCUGGUAUUUCUGGUGUACUUCAGUUCUGAUGUUCUGUUCACAUGACACUGAAGUGGUCCCAGAAUGACAAGGAGAAUCCUUCAUUGCACCGAUGCUUUCAUUUUUGCUGUCCUUGGCGUAGUUCCACAACUGAUGAAUUACCAGUCUAAAUUAGUUUAUCACAGACAAAGGCUUUAGAAGUUCGCUGUGCUCUGUGUGCAGAAAAGUGCCUGCACUGUGGAUUUGAAGCAACAGCUUUCAUAAAGCUGAGAUGCUUGUUCAUUGAUUUAUUUAUUUUCAUAAGCCAGCCAGUUCCCUUGUACUUUCUUAAAAAGGAGGGGACAGGUGAAGGGGUUGCCCUUAUUCAGGGUUACUGUUCUGCCUGAUAGAGUGCCUGAAAUCCCUGGAGUUUUCUUCAGUCUCUUCUGAAGCUUUUAAUUGAAAUGAGUGGGCUGUGGUCUUCCCCUUCCUUCCCCUUCCUCCCCCUGAGAAGCCGUAUUUAGCCUUUCAUUUACGUAUUUGUUACAGCUUGUUAAGCACUCCUGCCUCACACGUCUGUCAGAAUUCUGCCUUCUGGUGGAGCUGCUCAAACCAAAACAAUUGCACGUGUCCCUUUAAAAUUUCGCUGUUUGCUGUCCAAUUGUGAUUUAAUCCUUCUGAAUCAUUUAUGAGUUCUGGAGUCACUUUUAAUUUCUGUCAGUCAGUUCUGCGUAUCUUGGUCUAGUUUUACAGCCAGCUCUGUGGUGAGUGCUUUCUGUAGCUUUAUGUAUAAUUGAAGGGAAGAGAACAAAGCUGGGCUUACAGAAAUACGGAAGGGGAAAAAAAAAAAAAAACAAAAAACCAAACGUUUACUGGAAAAGCAGCAGUUGUUUGGGCUGCACUUUCAGUGAGCUGUUCCAGUGACAGAGCAUAUUAAUGACAGUGGUAGGCAAGUGAGGUCACUGUGAUGUCAGUGCUCUUGCUUGUAAUCCUGCACAUGCUUGCUAGUUUGGAACAGUUCAUGCUGAGCUCUGGGAGAGGAGCAGGAGAACUGUGCGUGCAGGGGCUGAGCAUGGCUGUUACAGGAGAUGAAACAGCUGCCACUGGAGACAUGCCAUCUUACCAGCUGCGGACUCCCACUACUAACUUACCUCAGGGAGUGGUAAUGGCAGCCUCACCAGGGGCUCUGCAUAGUCCUCAGCAACUGGCAGAAGAGGCAACACGCAAGAGGGAGCUGCGACUUAUGAAAAAUAGGGAAGCUGCUAAAGAAUGUCGACGUCGGAAGAAAGAAUACAUAAAAUGUCUGGAGAGUCGUGUUGCAGUGCUAGAAGUUCAGAACCAGAAACUUAUAGAGGAGCUUGAAACCCUUAAAGACAUUUGCUCUUCCAAAGCAGAUUAGUAAAAAUAUUUAUUAUACUGUGAACUGACCUAAAAUAUGUCCGGUUGCUUUAUAAGGCAAUACAUGGCCAACAUGAAUUAUGGCUUUCUCUGUGUCAUUUAUAUUAUAUUCCAACUUCUAACAUUCCUGCAAUGCUUUCCUGCUUUUUGUCAAUUCAUAGCUCUGCUUACAGGUUUUCCAUGUUCCACAUUUCCACCUCCCAAGGAGCCAAAUGGUUUAAAAAAAAAAAAAAUCGAAGUGAAAAAAAACAUAAUUUCUAAGAGCUGUUUCUUUGCCAUAUAUUUACAUGCUACUUUUUACAUGUACUGCUAGUGUUCUGCACAUGCAAAAUAUUUUAUGGCUGUUUCAAAUGAAUCAUAAAGAUAAUGCAUCUGGUAAUACGAGAAGAAUCAAAUAACUCAAGGUAUCUCAGGAAAGAGUUUAUAAAAGAAUGUUAUGAUUACGUGUAUGUAUUAGUAUACUGGUCUACAAAUGAUUUUAUGACAUAUUUUUAUAUUAGUUGCUUUGUGGAAAGAAAAAGUAUUGUAUUGCUAUCACUGAGUGCCAUGGCUAAAGAUAGUUUUUUAAUAGAAUGAUGUUGUUUAACCUG